AUGGAAAGUAAUAAACGUACUGCUACUUCACAAAAAAUUACUAAUUAUUUUUCUUCUGUACCGGCGACCAAAAAACAUAAACCAGCUGUUGAUGAAGUUGCAAUUACUAAUAAUCUGUCCGGUAGUAAAAAACAAGAAGUUACAAUCAAUAAUGAUGUUGUCUGUACAUUAGAUUCUGCUUCUAAACCCAUUAAUGAAAAUUUGGUAACUCAAUGGCCACAAGAUUGGUCCUUUGAGCAGUGGCAAUCAAAAAAAGAAAAAUAUGCUUGGAUGAUUUGUCACAAUGCUUACUAUAUAGCAAAAAAUAAUAGACCUUACAAUGAUCAUUUUAAACUUUUGGAAUUGCAAGCACUUAAUGGUAUUGAUAUUGGAAACAUGCUUCAUUCAAGAUUUUCAUCUACUUCUAUUAUAUCUCACAUAGCAAUUGAAAUGAAAAAAAAAAUAGUGUGUAACAUUGUUAAGUCUAAUUCAAAAUUAUCAGUUUUGAUUGAUGAAUCAACCACACUGAGUACAAAAACUGCUAUGGUUGUAUAUAUUAAAGCAUCGAUAUCUUCUGAGGAUCCUAUUUUUAUAUUUUUAGCCCUAGUUGAACUUGAACAUCAAACAGCAGAAAAUAUAGUUACCCAGCUUAUUGAUUGUUUACAUGAAUCUGGAUUUAAUAAUGAAUAUUUAAUAAAUAAUUGGAUAUCUUUCGUCAGUGACGGAGCAAGUGUCCUUUUAGGAAAAAAGGCAGGAGUUGCAAAGAGAUUGAAAGAUAUAUAUCCAUUAAUAUUUAGCUGGCAUUGUUUAAACCAUAGGCUGGAACUUGCUGUUAAUGAUACAAUGAAAGAUUUAAACUCUAUCAAUCAUUUUAAAUCAUUUAUCGACUCUUUGUAUGUUCUGUAUAAUAAUUCUCCAAAAAAUACUAAUGAAAUUAAAGAAGUUUGUAAUGAAUUGAACAUUAUAUUUGUAAAAGUUGGAAGAGUUCUGGAUACUAGAUGGGUAGCAAGCAGCUGGAGAGCGGUCAAUGCAGUAUGGAAAAUAUUUCCUGCUUUAAGUAAGCAUUUUUAUAACUCUUCUAUAGAUAAAACUAAAGAUUCUAAAACAAGAAAACUUUCAAACUUAUCUUUGAAUCUUCAAAAUCAAAAAAUAAUUCUCAUAGAAGCAGAUUCACAUAUUAAAAGAUCAAUUAGAAUUUUAGAAUCUUUUAAAGAUAAUAUAGGAGAUCAUAUGAAAGAAGUUGAAGUUUUCAUAACUAGUAUCUGUAAUAAUCUAAGAAGUAGAUUAUUAGAAGAUACUAAUGACUUAAGUUUGAUGAAAGAUAUCACAGUUCUUGAUAAAAGUACUUGGCCAGUUGAUAUAGACAUAAGGUAUGGUGAAGAAGAAGUCAAACGUUUGUGCAAACGUUUCAUGUUAAAUAAAAAUGAUGCAAUAAACGGAUUGAGAGUAUACAUAGAUGAAGAUAAAAAUCCUCAAGAUGUAUUUCCUGAAUUAAAUAACUGCAUUAAAACUUUUCCUUGCUCAACUGCUGAGUGUGAACGUGGUUUCAGUGUUUUAAAUUUAAUUUGCACCGAUCUUAGGUCUACAUUAACUAUAUCUAAUAUUUCAAAUUUGAUGUUGAUAAAUAUAAAUGGACCCCCACUUAAUUUAUGGAGCCCAGAGUCCUAUGUUAAAAGUUGGUUACUUCAACACAGAUCAACAGAUGACACUAGAACUAAAAAAACUAAAAACAAAGAAGAAAAUACAGAUGCAUAUAAAAGAAAAAAUGAUUAUGACAUACCACCUGCACCAAUUCCAGUCACCGCUGCAACUAUGGAAAUGAUGAGACGAAACAAAGAAAAUGAUUAUGACAUACCACCUGCACCAAUUUCCGUCACCACAACAAUGGAAAUCAUAAGGGUUUGA